AUGGUCAACACAUUUGGUGGGAGUGGCCCGGCACACGCCCAGGCCUCGCUCCCCUCGCUCCCCGCUCACUUGCAGUCUGAUACACACCUCACAGCCCAUCUGGCGAGUCGAUUCCACGUUGGAUUACCGACAGCGCGCCUAUCAUCUCAAGCACUGAUUGCCUUGAACACCUAUUCGUCCGCUACCAAGGGCCCAGACGGAGGAAAGGAAGGAAGUGCUGCGGGCGAAGCAGAGGAUCUCGCUCGGCGCGCCUUCACUCGCUUGGGUGCGCGUGCAGAGAACCAGGCGAUUGUAUUUUUAGGAGAAAGCGGAUCUGGUAAAACCACCCUUCGCUCACACUUACUUUCAUCCUUCUUGUCCUUCUCAUCGACCCCGCUCUCCUCCAAGCUCUCAUAUGCUGCCUUCGUUUUCGACACCCUCACAACCACCAAGUCCGUCACUACACCAACGGCAUCGAAGGCGGGUCUCUUUCUCGAGCUACAAUACGAUGGCUCCUCCUCUGUGAACCCCACCCUGAUCGGUGGUAAAAUCAUCGACUACCGUUUGGAGCGAAGCCGUAUCUCUUCAGUCCCCACCGGAGAGCGAAGCUUCCAUGUGCUAUACUAUCUUCUGGCAGGAACCAGCGGUGCCGAAAAGUCGCAUCUUGGCUUCGAGAACAGCAUUCACAUUCAGACCGGCAGCAAGCUAUCUGGAGGAACCGUCAGCCACAAAAGAUGGCGCUAUCUAGGUCAUCCAACCCAGCUAAAGAUUGGUAUCAAUGAUUCGGAAGGGUUCCAACAUUUCAAGACCGCAUUGCGGAAGUUGGAGUUCUCUCGUGGAGAGAUCGCCGAAAUUUGUCAGAUUUUGGCUAGUAUUCUUCACAUCGGACAGCUGGAGUUCGCUAUGGGUGCAUCUACGACCACCGGUGCAGAGGAGAGUGGUGGCUACUCACACGAGGGUGGUGAGACCGUCACUGGAGUGAAGAAUAAGGAUGUUCUCGAGAACGUCGCUGCUUUCUUGGGUCUAAGCGUCGAUGCUUUGGAAGUGAGCCUUGGUUAUCGCACCAAGACCAUCCACCGCGAGAGGGUUACGGUCAUGCUUGACCCCCAGGGCGCUCGGGAGAAUGCCGACGCAUUCGCACGCACUAUCUACUCCCUUUUGGUUACAUACGUUAUCGAAACAGUCAACCAGCGAAUUUGCGCCGCCGAAGACAGUGUCGCGAACACAAUCUCGAUUGUUGAUUUCCCCGGAUUCGCCCAAGCUCCCUCGACCGGAUCUACUCUAGAUCAACUUCUCAGCAAUGCCGCCACUGAAUCACUCUACAACUAUUGCCUGCAGUCCUUCUUCGACCACAAGGCUGAUAUUUUGGACCGCGAGGAAGUUACGGUGGCUGCCACCAGCUAUUUCGAUAACACUGACACCGUGCGAGGUCUGUUGAAGCACGGCAACGGUUUAUUGAGCAUUCUCGAUGACCAAACCAAGCGUGGAAGAUCUGAUGCCCAGUUCCUGGAGAGCGUGCGCAGACGAUUCGAGAACAAGAACCCUGCCAUCUCCGUCAGCGGAGCCAGUGGAUCAACCGGUUAUAUGUCCCAAGCCCGGAGUGCAUUCACUGUGAAGCACUUCGCCGGUGAGGUCGACUACUCCACCACAGGUCUCCUUGAGGAGAAUGGUGAGGUGAUCUCAGGAGACCUGAUGAACCUCAUGCGCUCCACACGCAGUGACUUUGUUCGUGAACUGUUCCACCAGGAAGCCCUGCAGACCGUCUCCCAUCCCCAAGAAAAGACUGCUAUCAUGCAGGCUCAGGUCAGCUCCAAGCCCCUCCGUAUGCCCAGCAUGGCCAGACGCAAGGCCGGGCCUCCGUCUCGCUUCGCUGCGCCCAGUGCCCACCCCGAGGAAGAGGAAGGCGAGGACAACGAGGCCCUAGCCGAGGGCUCCAAACGCGCUAGCGCUCGCAAGAGCUCAAUGCCAGCCGGUCCGGCACAAGGUGCCGCCGGCCAGUUCCUUUCUGGCCUGGAAAUCAUUAAUAAGUGCCUGAGCUCUUCGAACUUGAACCCCUACUUCGUCAUUUGUCUCAAACCCAACGACCGUCGUAUUGCAAACCAGUUUGAUAGCAAAUGUGUGCGUAUGCAGGUCCAGACUUUCGGCAUUGCUGAAAUCAGCUCGCGGCUUCGCAAUGCUGACUACAGCGUCUUCCUUCCUUUCGGUGAAUUCCUCGGACUCGCCGAUAUUGGGAACGUUGUUGUGGGAAGCGACAGAGAAAAGUCCGAGGUUGUUCUCGAUGAAAAACGAUGGCCCGGCAACGAGGCCCGUGUCGGAAGCACAGGCGUCUUCCUCAGUGAACAGCGAUGGGCUGAUAUCGCCAAAGUGGGCGACCGCAUUGUUCCUGUGUACGGCGCCUCUGGCGGCGACGGCGGCGACGGCUUCCAAACCCCUAGCGGAGAGCCGGACGCCAAGCACCGGCUUCUGAGUCCCAACGAUCAAUCUCCAGGCGCCUUUAUUUACGGAGACGAGGCGAAACAGGGCUACUUUGGUAGUCGUGAAAUGGAUGGACGUUCUGAUGCAGGCGGCUCGGCAUUCAACUCAGGCGAUAUGUUCAAAAACAUGGACACCAAAGAGCAGAUGCUGGAGAAGGGCAAUGAAAAGAAGAUGGAGGAGGUUGAUGAAGCUAAGGUCUCUGGUAGCCGUCGGCGCUGGAUGUUCCUCGUUUACCUCCUCACUUUCUUCAUCCCCGACUUUGUCAUUCGAUUCGUCGGCCGCAUGAAGCGCAAGGAUGUCCGAGUGGCUUGGCGUGAAAAGCUCGCCAUUAACAUGAUCAUUUGGUUUGCCUGUGGUGUCGCGGUUUUCAUGAUUGUUGGUUUCCCUGGAGUGGUGUGCCCGACGCAAGAUGUGUACAACACUGCUGAACUCAGCGGCAAGAACGGCAAGGGAAACGCAGACUCAUAUGUCGCCAUUCGUGGUGUGGUUUUCAAUCUUGGAGACUUCAUGCCUACCCAUUACCCCUCCAUUGUUCCGCAGAAGCAGUUGAAGAAUUACGCAGGAACUGACGCCACCAAUCUUUUCCCUGUCCAAGUCUCCGCUCUAUGCCAAGGUACCACUGGUUCCGUUGAUCCUAGCGUUCCUCUGGAUUAUCGGUCCAACCUCAACGACUCGGCAACUACAACCUCCUCCUCCACAUUCGAUGUCAACGCCAAGUACCAUGAUUUCCGCUCUUGGACCAAUGAUUCUCGAGCCGAUUGGUUCUACGAGCAAAUGGUCACGAUGCGUUCCAAUUACAAGAAGGGCUACAUCGGUUACACCAUGAAGGCCAUGAAAAAGCUUGCAACUGAUGACUCCAAGAAAGUCGUCAGUAUCAACGGCAAGAUUUACGAUAUGACCUACUACAUUGCCGGGCCCCGUGUUCCUCGCUGGCCAGCAGGAAAGAAUGGCACCAGCAACGUUAAAACCGACUACAUGGACUCAAAGGUUGUUGACAUUUUCCAAGGAAAGGCUGGGUACGAUGUCACCAAGUAUUGGGAUGACCUGAGCUUGAGCCCGGCAGAAAGAUCUCGGAUGCAGCUUUGUCUUGAUAACCUGUUCUUCAUCGGCAAGGUCGACACUCGAGACUCUGUUCGCUGUCAGUUUGCUCGUUACUUCAUUCUGGCUAUCUCUAUCAUGCUUGUUGCCAUCAUUGGUUUCAAAUUCCUGGCUGCUCUACAGUUCGGAAGGAAAAGUCUUCCUGAAAACCUGGACAAGUUCAUUAUUUGCCAGGUGCCAGUGUAUACCGAAGAUGAGGAAUCAUUGCGUCGUGCUAUGGAUUCCAUGGCUCGCAUGCGUUACGAUGACAAGCGCAAACUGUUGCUGGUUAUUUGUGAUGGUAUGAUUAUUGGACAAGGCAACGACCGCCCCACUCCUCGCAUCGUUCUCGACAUUCUGGGUGUCCCAGAAUCAGUGGACCCGGAGCCCCUGAGCUUUGAAAGUUUGGGUGAAGGAAUGAAGCAGCACAACAUGGCUAAGCUCUACUCUGGUCUGUACGAGGUCCAGGGUCACAUUGUGCCUUUCCUCGUCGUCGUCAAAGUCGGAAAGCCUUCCGAGGUUUCCCGUCCUGGUAACCGUGGUAAGCGUGAUUCGCAAAUGGUUCUCAUGCGCUUCCUCAACCGCGUGCACUAUAACCUGCCCAUGAGUCCUAUGGAGCUUGAAAUGCAUCACCACAUUCGAAACAUCAUUGGAGUGAAUCCACAAUUCUACGAAUACAUCUUACAGGUCGACGCCGAUACAAUGGUGGCACCUGAUGCGGCCACACGAUUCGUCUCUGCAUUCCUUUCGGAUACACGACUCAUCGGUGCCUGUGGAGAGACGUCAUUGUCCAAUGCUAAGACUUCGAUUGUUACUAUGAUCCAGGUUUACGAAUACUACAUCUCCCACAACUUGACAAAGGCUUUCGAGAGUUUGUUCGGAUCCGUGACAUGUUUGCCAGGUUGUUUCACCAUGUACCGCAUUCGCACAGCAGAGAAUGGAACGCCCCUCUUCGUCAGCAAGGCCGUUGUCGACGCCUAUUCUGAAAUUCGAGUUGACACCCUGCACAUGAAGAACUUGUUGCACCUCGGUGAGGAUCGUUAUUUGACGACCUUGCUCAUCAAGUUCCACCCCAAGUUCAAGACAAAGUACAUCUUCCGAUGCCAUGCGUUCACCGUUGCCCCUGAGAGCUUUGCAGUUUUCCUUUCUCAGCGUCGUCGGUGGAUUAACUCCACUGUCCACAAUCUGAUGGAGUUGAUUCCCUUGGAACAGCUGUGUGGUUUCUGCUGUUUCAGUAUGCGAUUCAUCGUCCUCAUUGAUCUUCUCAUGACUGUCAUUCAGCCCGUCACCGUUGCCUACAUCGCCUAUUUGAUCUACUGGUGUGUCAGUGAACCAGAUGUGCUCCCCAUCACAUCCUUCAUCCUUCUCGGUGUUAUCUACGGUCUCCAGGCCUUGAUUUUCAUCGUCAGACGCAAGUGGGAAAUGAUCGGUUGGAUGUUGAUUUACCUUUUGGCUAUUCCCGUCUUCUCCCUUGCUUUGCCUCUGUACUCCUUCUGGCACAUGGAUGACUUCUCAUGGGGUAACACUCGUGUCAUCACUGGAGAGAAGGGUCGCCAGGUCGUCAUUUCCGACGAAGGCAAAUACGAUCCCAACUCCAUCCCCAAGAAGAUCUGGGAAGACUACCAAGCCGAACUCUGGGAGUCUCAGACCUCUCGCGAUGAUCAUCGUGACGAUCGUUCUGAGUUCUCUGCGCACUCGUACAACACCAGAUUGCCACCCUUCCCUCAGUCUGAGUAUGGAUAUCACACUGGCUCGCGCCCAGUCUCGCAAAUGGAUCUUCCUCUCGGUGGCGGUGGCGGUGGUGCUCGUUAUUCCGUCGCUGCCUCUGAAAUGAUGAGCAACUUCGACAUGCAGGAUCUCAGCCAUCUGCCCCCCGAUGAUGAGAUUCUUCAUGAAAUCCGCAGCAUUCUCGCCACUGCAGACUUGAUGAAGGUCUCCAAGAAGACAGUCAAGCAAGAGCUCGAGAGGCGCUUUGAGUGCAACCUGGAUGCUAAGCGGCCUUAUAUCAAUUCUGCUACCGAGGCCGUUCUUUCAGGUUCCAUCUCAUUCUUUUACCUCGAGUCUGGCACUCGAGCUGCCAUUCAUUUUGUUCCUAUUCAAAAAUAUCCUGCUGCAUCCUUAGACAGCAAUUUCUUCUCGAUACCUUCAUACUUGCUGUUUAUUGCAAACAUGCAUUUCAAAGCCUCGUUCACACUGGCAGCCUCCGCGGCGCUCUUUGCAUCUGCAGCCGCAAAGGACUCUCGCACCUUCGCUGUCAACCACUUCUACGGCAAUGGUGCCUUGACCAUGGGUCGUAUGGACCCAAUCAUGGACCCAGGACGACCAGCGACACACUCCCACGCCAUUCAGGGAGGAAGCAACUUCAAUCUGACCAUGACAGACGACGCCCUCAUGGACUCCAACUGCACAACUUCAAUCGUUGACGCAGAUAAGAGCAACUACUGGACGCCGUCCCUCUACUUCCAAGCCGAGAACGGAAGCUUCCUCUCCGUUCCCAUGUUCUACAUGAACGUCUACUACUUCUUCGAAGCAACAGACGACGAAAUCAAGCCUUUCCCCGUCGGUCUACGUAUGUUCGUCGGUAACAGCUCCCUGCGCACCCCUCCCCCCGGUGGUGCGGCAAACGUUCUCGAUACAAACCUGGGCCCUAUCCAACCCGUCCAAUUUACUUGUCCGCGCUCCAACUACGAUAUCCCUUCCUACCCGGAAGAUUCGGACGGACUUCACGGUGUCGGUAUCCAAGACCCUAACGAUGCCGGCGCUGGCGCCGGGUUCCCCCACAUGAACUGUGAUGGCUAUGCCUCGCCUUUGCGAGCUGAUAUCCAUUUCCCUUCAUGCUAUAACCCUGAGGUUGGACUACAUGAUUAUGAAAACAACAUGGUCUUCCCUAGCAGUGAAGGCACUACCUAUGGCAAGGCGAACUGUCCACCUGGAUGGAUUCAUGUCCCUCAUAUCUUCUAUGAGGUGUACUGGAACACCCCACUAUUCGCCGAUAUGUGGACACAGGGAACUGGCUCACAACCCUUCAUUCUGAGCAAUGGCGAUCGGACGGGAUACUCGCUUCAUGGUGACUUUAUCUCUGGGUGGGAUGAAGACGUUUUGCAGAAGAUCAUCGAUAAUUGCAACACAGGAAGUUUGGGUAUGGAUAAGUGCGCUGAUGCCGGUUAUCUCAAUGAUGUCUCGACUUCAUGCAAGAUUCCCAAUCUUGUUCCCGAACAGAUUGAUGGCGUUCUUGAAAGGCUUCCUGGAAACAACCCUCCUACCGGUUGGGGGCAGGUUGCAGAAGACGAGGCUAUGAAACAGAAGGUCAAGAGACACCUUCGUGGGCACUCCCGGGGAAGACAUGUAUAG